AUGCUUUCGGCAGCUUUACGACGCUCGGUUCCGUUGAGUGCCAGAAUCCUGAGAACUUCGUUGAUUCAACGUUGUGCAGGAGCCACAUCGGCGGCAGUCACCGGUUCAGCACCACCGCAAUUCGAUCCGGUUGCUGCUCAGAAAGGCUUCAAGCCGUUGCAUAGUCAUGCGACAAUGUUCAAAAUAGAACGUUAUUUUGCGGCCGCAAUGGUUCCCUUACUACCAGCAGCGUAUUUCGUUCAUGGACCUGAAAUGGACUUGGUUCUAUCGUUGGCGUUGGCACUUCACGUUCAUUGGGGUAUCUGGGGCAUUGUAAAUGACUACGGUCGUCCAUUCGUGCUAGGAGAUACACUGGCUGCAGCCGUACGUGUUGGAGCAUACGUGUUCUCGGCGUGUCUUCUGGCCGGACUACUCUAUUUCAACCAACACGACGUCGGAUUGACGCGAGCAUUCGAAAUGGUUUGGGAGUUGUAA